GCUGCUACUUGUCAAGAUGACUCAGGCGGUGUCAAACUGGGGAGCGUGCUCUGCGGAAGCUUUUUUUUGUUUUACGCAAGUCGCACAGGGAACGGAUGUUGUCUAUUUUUUCUUGAGCCGGUGGUAAUUUCACCCGCUACUGAAACAGCGAGCGAGGAAACGGUCUUCGCUGCAAAUAUUUCAUGGUAGUUCUUGCUAGUUGAGAAAGCUCUUGUGGUGACAGCAAGGAAGUUGCGCGUUUUUCUAAAGAAUUAGGCUCUUCGCUCUUCUAAUCUAGGUUAGUACCUCAGGCGAAUGUACGAUAUCAAAAUAAGAGCGGCGCUAGACUCGAAGACGGAUUGCUGCAGAGGAGCCUCCCAUAUCACCCUCUCGACUUGUUCAGUGGAGCUCUGACAAGCUAGGGUGGAUUGCGACCCCACUCCCCUUACCCAUAGGUCAAAAGUAUUGGCAUUUUUUAAAGUCCCUGCGAAGCAAGUUACGAACAUUCUCACAAGGCGCUCUCCGAGAAAAGCAUCGCAAGCGGAUUAAGAAAAGCGAGUUGUUUUGGUUAGGCCUUGGAAACCAAGCGUGAAAGGUUCAAGAAAAAGAGGCAACGUACGACUUCUGAUAUGUGGCUGCUGACAUGGUGUGUGGUCGUUUUUCCUGGCCUCGUCCACAGCGCCAGCCUCCCAGGUGGUUUUUACAGGAGGAGAGUCGACGCCGAUCCGAUCUACAAACAGAUGGCCCACUUCGCCAUAGCACAGCACACUGCUGACCACGAGUACUUUGACACGGUGCUGGACCUCUUUCAGGUGGACGUCCAGAGCGCCGCCGGCUUCAACUACCGGCUUAAGUUCACUACGGCGGAAUCGACUUGUCGAGGAGAGGAGACAUACAGCCCUGUCACGUGCCCGCCCAAGGGAAAGGAGGUGAAGGAAGUCUGCACGGCAUUCGUCUUCUUCGUCCCAUGGGUCGGAAGUCGCUCUCUUCGCUCAAUCAACUGCGAGCCUCCUGAUAGGCGAUUUUAUUUGCAAUCAAGGGUCACAACAUGAUGGUGACAUGAUUGAGAAUGAUAUAUUACGCAGGCAUGAUGCUAGUCUCUCAUCAGAUACCCACCUUCCACGUAAGAGGUUUGGUUCUAUUGGGCACAGACAGUUUUAUAAACGAUACUGCUGUUCUUGGGGCACGAAAUUUUGCAGACAUAUGAAUGAAAUAUUUCAUAUGGGAGUGAAAACAGCACGUGUUAUACUGAUUCCCUAUACGCGCGCGGUUAUUUUUGUUUGGUUUGCUAAAAUAAACCCAUUUUUUAUUGA